AUGCACCGACCAGACCUUCUUGGCGCGUAUAGUCAAGUAGAAACCCCCCAACGGGUAAUAGACGAACAAAAUGUGCAUCAUGAAGUGCGUACAUUAUCGUGUCUAUCUGAAUCGUCUUUUCAUAGUUCAUCUUCAUGUCUUUGUGAUGAAGAAUCGUCACAAACACCUUGUGAGAUCGAAUUAUUAUCAACUCGAGAUUCGGCGAGUUGGCAAGCUCACAUGGAUCCAAGUGUAGAUUUAAAAUUACUGACAAAUCAUUUUCGAGAUGAACGAAUGGAAGAAUCGUAUCAACUUUAUUCUUCAACUGUUGAUUUUCCAGUGGCACGAAGACUGAUGUUAGCCCUUGUGGCUUUUGAAGGAGCAGCGUAUUUCUUACUUCAUAAAUCGAGAAAUACAUGCAUUGCUCCAUCAGGAAAUGAUUACGAUUGGGUACAACUUUUUGCCUCUUUGUUAAAUGAAGAACCUUUAAUAGCUUAUGAGGAUAACGAGGGAAAGUGUGUGACAUUGACUGAAGGUACGUCGAAAGAUGUUGGACUUACAUGGUUACUUUGGAGUUUUGCACCGUUUGCAGUAAUUUAUGGUUUAUCACCAAUAAAAUACUUUGAAGGUACGAUGAGGUUACGAAUUGGAGUGUAUUACAUUCGACGUCAUUGGAAAGUUCUAGCGUCGUUAAUAAUUUUGUGCUGGUUCGUUGGACUCGCAGUUUUUAUUCAUCAUGAAUUGGUUCAAUUUCGUAUUAACUUACAACGGAGUUUAGCACAUGGAAUGGUAUGUACAGUGGAUACACGCAUGCCAAUAUCCUGGUACGACACGUCAAAUUGGGGCGAAGGUCAAAUGACUUUAUUAUCAUGGUUACAAUUAUACGUGAGUAAACUCGCAUACUCACUUUUAAUGGGAGUACUGGCAGUCUUAGCUGCAUUUGCUGGUAUCGUUGCAGUAGCAAUGAAAUUGGAUUUUACUCAUGUCUUACUAUUAGCUGUAGCAGCAUGGACUACGACACUUUUACUUUGUUUUGUGGGAGCAACACCAUUAAUCUCGUCUAGUCAACGUGUAAUGAGUAAUGAAGCCUUUCUUUUCUUCCUAUGUGUCUUCUUACCAACGUGUUUUACACUGACGGCUACAUAUUCAGAAGAUCGUGCAGCACGUAUGGCAUACGCUUCAAAAGUACGUGCUGAGCGGAUCAACACGACAUUAAAGUUAGACCUGUCGGUGAAACAGAUUGGAUUGGAAAAUUGUAACGCGAUGACACGAGAUGAAGAAAUUCUAUUGGAACGAGCGUUGAGUGCAAGUGGUGACAUGGAAUUGAUUCGUACUGUUGCAAUUCCAUUUGCUGAUCUGAAGUUGAAAAAAAUUAUAGCCAAGACACCAAAUGGAGAGGUACUUGUGGGUGAAUAUCACCAAACAGAAGUCGUUGUUAAACGAUUAGCACAGUCAUGUCUUACAGUCGAAGGACUUGCUGCAUUUAAAAGUAAUGUGGAAUUACUAGCAUGUCUUCGACAUCCAAAUAUUGUUUUAUUUAUUGGAGCAACGUUUGACAAUUUAUCAAAUGUUGGAUUUGUGAUGGAGUAUCUCGAGCGUGGUGACGUUUUGUCGUUACUGCGUAGUUCAAUUGCAUUAGCAUGGAGUGAUCCACUACUUAAGAUUGCUACUGAUGUGGCACAAGGUGUUUCAUAUCUUCACAAUUGCGACCCACCACUUGUACAUCGUGACCUCAAGUCAUCCAAUUUAUUAUGUACGCACACCUAUUCGUGCAAAGUGUCAGAUUUUGGUGAAUCGAAACAGCAAUUACUACCUGGUAGAUUAUUUAGUACCAUCGUAGGGACACCAUAUUGGCUGGCACCUGAGAUUCUCCGUGAAGAACGUUAUGAUACACAAGUGGAUUGUUAUAGCUUUGGAGUUAUUCUUGUCGAGCUCGAGACACGACGUGAACCAUAUCAUGACGUACCAAAGGAUUUUACCACAAUUGAUAUUAUGAUGGGAGUAUCACGCGGUAAUUUACGACCAACAAUUCCACCAUCCUGUUUGCCUAAUCGGCGUGAACUUAUCAUGCGCUGCUUAAAUGUUGAUCCAAAGUGUCGACCAAAGAUGACGGAAAUUCUGUAUGCCCUACAGCAUGACGUACGUCAAGAACUUUUAGAUCAAAAUUCGACUGAUAUCGUUAGUGACAAACGCCGGAUGGUGCUUAUGCAGCAACACCAACGCCUCAAUCGUCGUGGGUUACAAGACCUAAUGCGUGUUCAUAAUAAUGACUAA